AUGAAGCAGCCGUACAAAACUACGUGGCGGGUGUAUCUGCCCGGGGCGUUCGUCAUGGCAAUCUACACGGCCGCCAUUUAUCUCAGCAAGACUCGUGGUGAGGUGGUGAAAUAUGGUCAUGACUUUGUGCCCAUCUACUCUGAGGACGGGAAGCUCGAGGGGUUCACGCACCCUGUGUUGGUGAAGGCCGGCGACAAGUACCGCAGCAACGAAGAGUCUAGGGAGAACUCUGCGUGA